UCCCCGGAUGUGUGAUGGUCGUCAAUUUUGACUUUUCAAGGGGAUUAAAUGUUUCAAUUAUUUAACUUUUCUUCUUAUAAAUGUCUUAGUUUUCCUUAAAUUUUCAUAAUUUAGAUCAGGUGGAUUCAAAUUAUCCUAGCAUUAAUGGUAAUGCAGGCAAGGAAACUUCCAAGACUCAGCGAUGGGUAUUUUGAUAGAAAUCAAACUCAUUCCUUUGAGAAUACUAACAAAUUUUCCAAACCAAAUGAACGAACAAGCGACAAAGUCAAGGGAUCUCCUAUCACGAGCAACAGUGAAAGCUCAAGCAGAAAUGAUAGCCUAGAAAACAAAAGUAGUCCUCGUUAUCAUCGACCUUGUUCGCAACGACUUAAAGAUAAAGAUCAUCAUGAUGAAAAUUCCAGUAAAUCUCCUAUUGUGAAAAAUGAUGCCAAAAGCAGCACAAACAAAGACUUUCACAAGUCGCGGUCUUCCUGUGAGAGGGAGGGGUCUUCUGAUCACUCGGAUAGAUAUCAGAGUAACCAUGACCGCAAUGUCAAUGAAGAGGCAGAGAAGCGACUUCCGGUCAGCGACUGGUCUGAGCACAUCAGUUCUUCAGGAAAGAAAUAUUAUUACAAUUGCAAAACAGAAGUAUCUCAGUGGGAGAAACCAAAAGAACUAAUUGAAUAUGAAAGACAACAAAACCUUGCUCGAUUAAAUUAUGACCAAAACCGAGUAAAGGAAAAAGGUCAUGAGAGGGGCAUUGGAACUGGUGGAAAAAAUGCCCAUUCUCAUCAAGAUUCAACAGAGAGCUUGACAGAAAAUAGUGAAUCAAGUCAUACGGAGUCAGGUUCGCAUACUCGCACUCAGACGACCACCGCCACCUCGACUACUGCCUCAAACACUACAACUACUAGUUCUGGCGCAACUCCUUCCAAUGCGCAGGUGGGGGCCCACCUGCUUUCCCCAUCUCAAGUAACUCUCGCCAACCUGCCCAAGCUCAUCUCCCAGCUUGCCGGAACGAAAGGACUACCUAACCUCUCGGAACUCUCUCCUCAGGAAGCUUUGAGAACAAUACAACAAGCUUUGCAGUUAACCAAACAAGUUGCUAAUUUAACUCAAACCACUACUGAGUUGCACCAUCAGGGCAAACCUUCUGCCUCUCCAGCACAGUCCCAGAAUCAGGUGAACCACCAACCCAACUCGUUACAGACAACUAGUUCUGUUCCAUCGAGUAAUGCUUAUCCAGUCAACUCUUCAGGGACGACGCUUUUUGUGGAUGGGAAAGUCGAAAUCGACAGGGAUCGAAAUUCACCAGGUUCUGAUAGCAGUACACAUUCAGUCAGGCACGACAGUCCCACGUCAAGUGUAAGCAGUCUACAUAGUUUGAAUGCAACAGGGACAAGCACACUAGCGACGGCUGCUCUAAAACCUUCCACCCCUUCUCUGACACCUUCACUGGCCAAUUACUACCGAGAAGAUCUCAUUUCACAUGUUGUGGGAUGGCAGGCAGACCAUGCUGAGCGUCAGGCAAAUAGGUAUUGGGAAGAGGCUCACAACAUCGGAAGUCUAAACUGUACCCAGGUUUCGGCUGAACUGAAGAUGGCCCGUGCUCUUGUAAGGUUAGCUGAAAUUCAAGCAACUCUCCAAGAACAGAGGAUAUUAUUUUUGAGAUUGCAGACGAAAGAGUUAGAAGAUUGGAGAACUUUAAAUAGUUAUAUGGGAGACUCUUAGUAAGAAAGGUUUUUAAUAUUUCAGGUAAAAUUUGUGAAAUAUCCCAAAGGACUUCUUGUGCUAUGGCCGACCACUACUCGUUGGUGCAUCGCAUGGACUGGCAUUUAAAAUUAAUCCCCACUCGGGUCCAAAAGGCAUUCUUAUGACAGAACCUCAGCUGGGUUUUAACAACAGCAAAAAAAAUCUUCCAAAGAUUUUUGGUAGCAUUUUUCUCAUGUACAGACAGAAGCAUCGAGCUUGCCAGGACAGACUGCCUCAUUCUCCGAGGUUCUUGUGCAAAUCUCUCCUGUCGUGGACAUAAAAGUGGAAUCAGCCUUCCUAGUGCUUGUUUGCCAUGAUGGAGAACUUGUGGCACAUAUCCAUGGCUCUCGUGACAUUCCUUGACGACGACACUUCGACGUACUGUCCGUGACUCAAAGCCCCAAUUCUAUUUUAUUUCACGUCAUGACAAAUCGUGUCGUUUGAUUCGAGCGGCAUUAUCCGUGUAUGCUAUUAUGUCCAACCACGUUACAGCCAGCAAUCGUCAAAAUUUCGGUUAGAAGAUGUAUAUUUUGAUAAAAUGUAAAUGUCUGUCUAUUGUAUAAUCGUAUUUUGUACGUGGCAUCCUAUUUAAAUGAACAGUGAAAAAUCAUUCAAUUACUGAAUAAAAUUUAUUGUGACAUGCAUAUACAAAAUUUUCUCAAAUUAAAUUUCAGUUCAAUUUAAUUCUUGUUUGCUGGAUCUUAUUUUUCAUUCCUUGAUGCCAGUGCCUUCAUUAGGUUGAUUGAUUUUAUGACUUACUGAUUUAUUUGUAUAAACUUGAUUGACACUAGUUGAAACUGUAUUAUACAGAUGGAAAGCAGUGCGUAGUAGGGUAAGCAUAGAAUUGGUACUAUACGGUGAGAAAGGUAUUUGAUUAUAUCAAUAUCCUGCUUUUGGCCCAUUAUGUUUGGCCAUGUACUUAAUAUAAAUUUUAGUGAAAUAAAAUCUAUUUAGAUUGCUACACUUACAUUUUGUUUGAAAUUCAAAUUUUUUUUUAUUAUGUUAAUGGUUACAGUCUGCUCACGAUAGCUAUGGAAUUGGCAAACGUCCAGUUAGAACGAGUAUAUC